UCAUGCUGCUGCCAGGUCCAGAGUCUCUCAUGGGUCCCUGUACGGCCUCCCAUUGCUGCUGUCUCCAUCGCCACACUCUGCCAUGUGCCACUUUCAGGUCUCCUCACACUGCUGGUGUGUUCCAUUUUGUCAUAGGGUGCUGGCAGAUUCAACGGGCCUCCCAUUGCUGCUGCCAGGCCCGUAAUGUGCCAUGGGCCCCUGUACCGCCUCCUCAUGCUGCUGCCAGGUCCAGAGUCUCUCAUGGGUCCCUGUACGGCCUCCCAUUGCUGCUGUCUCCAUCGCCACACUCUGCCAUGUGCCACUUUCAGGUCUCCUCACACUGCUGGUGUGUUCCAUUUUGU